AUGACAAAACUAUCAAGAUGGAUUUUGGUAGUAAGUUGUUAUUUAGUGACCUUAAUCUUAUUUUAUUUUUCAUUUCAAUAUAAAUGGCUAGAACAAUACAUCAUUGAGCCAAUGAAAUUACUGCUAUGCUUCGCCGCAUUGGGGAUUAUUACAUCGAAUUUUCUCACUCCAAGUCUAUCUUAUAUUUCAAUAGAAAUAUUUCAUAUUUCUGACAAAGUAGCAGGCAUGACGUUGUUAGCGUUAGGAAAUGGUAUUCCAGAUAUCACAAGCACUUAUAAGGCAAUGAAUUCUGGUGCAGUCUCAUUAGCCAUUGGCCAAUUAAUUGGUGGUGUCUUCUUCCUUUGUACUGUUGUGUUUGGAAUGAUGGGUCUAGUAAGAACCAUUGAAUUAAAACCCACUGAAUGGCUAAAGGAAAAUGAAGGAGUAGAAGAGGCGAUAGAAUCUUCAUCUUCUAAUUUCAAUAGUGGUCAUAAUAAUGAUGUAUUACUAUACUCAAGAGAAUAUUUUAUUUCAGAUAUAUUGGCAUUUUUAUUAGUGCUAAUUUUACCUUUAUAUUUUUUAUCAGAUGGUCAUUUAAGAUUGUAUGAAUGCAUUAUAAUGGUCUUGGAAUAUUGCCUUUUCAUGAUAUAUAUUCUUUGGCGAAAUAGGAAACAAACAACCAUAGAAUCUGAGGAAGAAUCAGAAACUUUCCAAAGAACCAUCUCGACAACAGGCGAAGAUUUUGGCUUGGAAGCCAUUAUCAGUAAUAAUAGAAAUCAAGAUGACCUAUCUUUAUUAAAUUUAGCAACUUUCAAUAAUGGGAUUAUUCAAAGAAGAAAACAGAUACGCCAACGGAUAAGACAUUAUUUUCGAUAUAAAUACAACGGCUGGUUUAAAAUAUCAUUAAGAGAUUGUUUGGAUGUUUGGGAAAAUCAAAAAAUCUUUGAUUCUUCGCAGAAUAAUGACAUUAUUACAUCCACUAGUAAUCUUGAAACAAACAAUACAAACAUUCCAGAUAAUCAUUUAACUCCAACUAAUAUUCUAGAUGAAAAUAGACCUCUAAUACCGAAGAGGAAAAAUACUAUAUCAUCUUUAGGAGAUGAGCCAUUACCAAAUUUUAUUAUUUCUCAACCAAGUGAUGAGAAUUUAGAUUCAAUUAAAAUUCGUAAUAAUAGGAAACAUUCAUUGAAUACGAUACAUAAUACUGCAAAAGAUAAUACUAAAAAUUUUGAUGAUGAUAUUAUUGGACCUUAUUAUAAUAAUAACAAUAAAACAAAAUCUUUAAGUUGUGAUCAUCUGCCGGAUAUUUCUACUGGCUACCAAAGUCUUCCAAGAAGCAGAUCAAAUUCUGUUAACAAUCAACGAUCUUCAAUGAUUUAUGACCCCUUUGACAAUGUAGCAGAAGAAUCUGUUGCAUUAUAUACCAUGGACAACCAUUGGCUAAGUAAAUGGAGAAUUUAUCAACUUUUACAUCACGAAGAUUCUUUCUCUUCAAAAUUUGAUAUUGCAACAAUUAUUUUUACUACACCAAUCGUAAUUUUAUUAACCUUAUUGAUCCCACAACCCAUGCAAGAGGAGAUCCCAACAAACUUUAAAUUACAUCAAACGUUACAAAUCUCAAUAGCACCAUGUAUAAUUGAGUAUUUACAUUCGUAUUCCAUUUCAUUCACAACAAUAAUGAUGACAUUAAUCAUACUCCUUAUGCUAUUUGCCAUUCAUUUAACUAAUUUCAUCAUUGUUUUGCAAUAUAAAACAAGUAUCCAAUCUUUUUGUGGUUUUAUUCUUUCAUUAUUUACAAUUUCAUAUUGUGUUGAAAUUGUUGUUGAUACUUUAACAAAUUGGACCGACCAAUAUAAUUUUUCUGAAACUAUUUUAGGCCUUACAAUAUUUGCAUGGGGUAAUUCUAUUGGCGAUUUGGUUUCAAACGUUACUUUCUUCAAGAUUGGUAUCCUUGAUGUUGCUAUUGGAGCAUGCCUGGGUAGUCCAUUACUAUAUUUUGUAUUUGGUAUUGGCAUUGAUGGAAUUUUAUUAAUUCUGGGUAAUUUUUCAAAUAAUAUCCAAUCCACUGGUAACAUUUCAAAAUCUAUUUUCUACAAAUCAAUAGAUUUCAAAUUUGACUCACAUUUAAUAUUAUGCUCCAUUGGGUUUAUUUUAGCGUGUUUGAUAUUACUUAUAGCCAUUCCAUUAAAUAAUUGGAAAAUUGAUAAAAAAACGAGUUAUCUAUUAUUAUCAUUAUACAUAUUAAUACUAGGGGCUAAUAUUUAUCUGGAUCAAGAAAAAUGA